CUCUAUGUCGUGUAUAUACUCCCUUGAUGUGUUUGUGCACGCGCGUUCGUAUGCGUUGAAAGCACAUCAUAGUGGUCUGUUUCGAUUAUUUUGCUAGCUAGUAGUGUAGCUAGGGAGUUCUUUCUCAGCGUAAAAUACGCAGCAAUAUUUCCUAAUCAAAUUUUUGGGAUACCAUCCUGAAGCGAACUGCAACGAUGGCCAAAGGAUCCGUGUUGUGGAGGCGAACCGAGACCAUCGACGAGGAUAUGUGGGAUGACAGCGACUUGAUUGCAGCUUACGAUCGGGCGUACGAUAAAAUAAAGGCAAAAAUUGAAAGGAGAAACCGUACUUCGUCGGAAAACUCAUCAGCAGGACAGGAACCAUCGACUGGAUGGAAGCAGGGUGACUACUGCAUUGCAAUCUACUCUGGAGACAAACUUCCAUAUGAGGCCAAGAUCAAGUGCAUCAGAGGGAAGCACUGCAUUGUUCACUACAUUGGGUACGGCAACGAGGAGCGUGUCCUUUUGUCAGACCUUCACCCAUCGGAGGGCAAGAAGGCACGGCAAGCUCAGCAAGCUCGAGCAGGGAGCAGUGUCCACACAAGCAACGUGCCUUCUGGCUCAUUUCAGCAUUGUGCAAGCAUUCCUAAACUUCCCAGCGAACCUCCGUGGGGUGCUGCUAGCUUGGGAGCACCAUUUUCAAGCUCGGCUCAUGGCACACCUCCCCUACCACCACAUCCGUCUCUGUUCUUGGAAAAUAGUGCCGAGAGUGAUGCACUUUCCUCAAUGCUCAUGUCCUGGUACAUGAGUGGCUACCACACUGGCUACUAUCAGGCACUGCAACAAUCUAGGCAGAUGCAGAAAUGAUGUGAUCUCAAGUACAAAACCAUUUCUAGUGGUUCAGCCAUGAUUUAUUUCACAAGUGUGGCAGUAAGUGAGGUAUACUUCUGCACAAAUAAAAUAGUAAAAACAUUGCA